ACCCGGCGGCGCAACGCGGAAGUGCGAUGGCGGCGGCAGCCGAGGCAGCAGCGGGAAGCGGCCCGGGGUCCCAGCCCCCUGCCCAGCGGAGGCUGCGCAUCCUCUCUGGCCACCUGCAGGGCUCGCCGGCGAGCCGGGCGCCCGAGGCUGAGCGGUUCCUCUCCCCGAGCCAGUGCAGGGCGGGGGGCGCAGCUGAGCAGCCGGUCGCGUCCACCAUCCCUAAGAAACGGCAAGAAAUUCUGAAAUGGAAUGGAUGGGGAUAUAAUGACUCCAAAUUUAUAUUUAAUAAGAAGGGACAAGCAGAAUUCACAGGGAAAAGGUAUAGGUUGAGUGGUAUGGUGUUACCUGUUUUGAAGGAAUGGAUGGAAAAAACCUUAGGAGCAAGUCUGGAGCACAAAAUUACCUCUAGAGCUUUCUUAAAUACUAGUGAUGUACCCCCAUCUAUUGUAAAUGAAGAAUUUCUUCAGGAUCUUAGAGCUACUAAAAUUUCAUAUUCACAGGAAGCAGAAGAUAGAGUGUUCAGAGCUCAUGGUCACUGCUUACACGAGAUAUUUGUGCUAAGGGAAGGAAUGUUUAAACGAAUUCCCGAUAUAGUUAUAUGGCCAGGUUGCCAUGAUGACGUAGUUAAAAUUGUGGAACUAGCCUGCAAACAUAAUCUUUGCAUAAUACCAUUUGGUGGAGGAACAAGUGUUUCUAGUGCUCUUGAAUGUCCUGCAGAUGAGAGAAGAACUAUUGUUUCAUUGGAUACAUCACAAAUGAAUCAAAUUCUCUGGAUAGAUGAGAAAAACUUAACUGCUCAUAUAGAGGCUGGCAUUAUUGGACAAGAUUUGGAAAGACAGCUUGGUGAGAGUGGUUACUGUACAGGCCAUGAACCAGAUUCUAUGGAAUUCAGUUCCCUUGGAGGAUGGGUGGCCACACGCGCAUCAGGCAUGAAAAAGAACAUCUAUGGAAACAUUGAAGAUUUGGUGGUUCAUAUAAAAAUGGUAACCCCAAGAGGAGUAAUAGAAAAAAGCUGUCAAGUACCUCGCAUGUCAACAGGACCUGACAUCCAUCAUUUCAUUAUGGGAUCUGAAGGAACCCUUGGAGUGGUUACAGAAGUUACCAUAAAAAUUCGACCAAUCCCUGAAUACCAGAAGUAUGGCUCUGUAGUAUUUCCUAACUUUGAACGAGGAGUGGCCUGUUUAAGAGAAAUAGCAAAGCAGAGGUGUGCUCCUGCAUCAAUUCGCCUUGUGGACAAUGCACAAUUUCAGUUUGGGCAUGCUCUUAAACCACAGGUUGCUUCAAUUUUUACAUCAUUUUUGGAUGGGCUGAAAAAAUUCUACAUCACAAAGUUUAAAGGAUUUGAUCCCAACGAACUGUGUGUAGCUACAUUACUCUUUGAGGGUGACAGAGAGAAGGUUCUUCAGCAUGAAAAGCAAGUUUAUGAUAUCGCUGCCAAAUUUGGUGGUCUGGCAGCUGGAGAAGAUAAUGGACAGAGAGGUUACAUGCUGACAUUUGUCAUCGCUUACCUUCGGGACCUGGGCCUGGAUUACUAUGUAAUAGGAGAAUCAUUUGAGACUUCUGUUCCCUGGGAUAGGGUUAUAGACCUCUGCAGGAAUGUAAAGGAAAGAAUAGUGAGAGAAUGCAAAGAAAAAGGUGUCCAGUUUGCUCCAUUUUCCACCUGCAGGGUGACACAGACUUACGACGCAGGUGCAUGUGUCUAUUUCUAUUUUGCCUUUAACUACAGGGGAAUUAGUGACCCUAUUCAUGUCUAUGAACAAAUUGAGACAGCUGCUAGAGAGGAAAUCCUCGCCAAUGGAGGAAGUCUGUCACAUCACCAUGGAGUGGGCAAGUUGCGGAAGCAGUGGAUGAAGGAGAGUAUCUCUGAUGUUGGCUUGGGGAUGCUUAAGUCUGUCAAAGAAUAUGUGGACCCCAAUAACAUCUUUGGAAACAGGAACCUUUUAUAAAACCCUUACUAUCUGAAAAUUUCAAAAUUACGAUUUUUAGCCUCAUUGUACUGUUAUCCCAGUAAUCAAAUAUAACACGGACUGAACUUUAAAAGCUAAUAUCUUUCUUAUAUUGGUUUUCCUCCAAUAAAAUGUAAACCUUCACUAUUAACAUUCACAGAUUUACUGACUGUACUCCUAAACCUCUCUUAACACACAACCUGGCAGAGGCACAUGAAGAUAUAUACCUGCUUGCAAAUGCAGAUAUAGCAUUCCAAGUUUGGUUAGCCAGUACAGCCAAUGAUUUCCAUGCUGGAUGAAACCAGCUGUUUUUUAUUAAAGCUUCCCCUGCAAGAAGAACAAAGACUGACAUUGGUGUUGUCUACAUAAACAGCUGCUCACUCAGUCUCUUGCUAGAGGAAAGUUGCUGGGAAGCACAUGAGAGGUGGAUUUCACUAAGGGAAUACUUGUGUGCUGAAGGGUUAAGCAAGUAGCAGUAUAAAUGUAGGCUUUCUGUUUAAAAGAUUCAACAUGGUUCUGUAGGAUGUUUGGCUUGUCAGUCUCCUUUUCAGCAUUAUUGAAAAUUUUAAAAUCUUUGAAAAGAAUACUUAACUAAAGUGUAGCCUGAGUUGUAUUUGCAUUGCUGGGAUAAUCUUCUUUAAUAUGUUAGUCAGUCAUUAUAAGUUUUGUACAGAACAGCAGAUGUUUCUCAUUGUAUAUUAACAGGUUUGUUACAUAAAAUUAUUGCCUUCAUGAACACUGCACUCCUAAUGUGUCUGGUUUCACUUUAUUUUUGUGGAGAUGCAAAAUAAUCCUUUUUUCCCCAAUAGAAAAUGUUUUGGCUAUUUUAAAAUAAAUCUUUGCCCAGCACUGUAUCUUAAAACAGGUCUCCACGGUUUCAAGGUUGAAACAGUUUUAUUAAUAUAAAAUGGAGACUAUACUGUCUGGAAACGAAGUUUCCAAUUUCUUAUUGGCCUUUCUGAAUUACUGGUUUACAUAACUAGGAGCUGCAAAUGUUGUCCUCCAUAUAAUCAAAAAUAUGGAACUUAUUUUCUUAAACAAUCUGUGAAACAAUAUCAGACCUGAAACAAUUUUACAUUAAAACGAGGAUCUUAAAACAAGUGAAAUUAAAAUUUUAAACUGUUUGUCAAUAUUCAUGAUUCAUGUUUUGAGAUGGAUUCUUUUCUUAAAGCAAAUUAUCCAACUUUUGAUAUUUAAAAUAAAGUAUUUAAUCAUAUAGGAUAGUAAUUCAAAAUGUAAACUAUCUUUAUGAGGACAUACUGUCUAAGUAGCUAGCUGCUACACAACUCUGUGGGCAGUUUGGACACCUUUAUAUAAGAAGUAACCUUCACAUGAAAAACCUAAAUUUAAAAUUGAGACAUUUGUGUUUUUAAACUAUAUUUUAAAAUAAUUAGCUGUCAAUUUUAGUAAUACAACAUUAAAGAUGAUAACUUUUAUAAUCUAUAAAUUAAGAUUAUAACACCAUAGUCUGAUAAUAUAAUUUAAUACUCAUUUUAUUUUAAAUUUACCACACUUUAUCAUCCUAUUGCUUGAAAAAUACUGCAUAUCUAAACAAAACUUUGAAGCUAUUUUAUAACUAAUUUAGAAUAGCUGAUUAAAAAUCACUUAAAAGACCAUGACUACCCAAACAGCACUUUCAAAUAUAUGAAUUCAAAAAGAUAGCAAAUUAAAACAAUUAUAUUCUACUAGUCAUGAAAUAGGAAGUUACUGUGGUAUUUUUAAUGCAACUAGAAUUUUUUUAAUCUUUGUUUCAUGAAAUUUUAGUUUAAAAAGUGAAUCCAGCCUUCCUGUAUUUUACUUUGAAAGUUUUGGUCCAUGGAGUUCAUGUUUCAGCAGCACCGAAAAAUUUGCAAUCACAGUUAGUGUUAGGAAGCUCUGACUUCCAGCACUAUAUGGGUAAGUGUUCCUUAUUCAACAUGUACAGCAUGUACUUUUCAGCAAGGUGAAUCUGUAAUCUUUCUUUUUUUUAUGCUGUGGAUUUCUCAACUUUGCAUUCUGUGCAAAUGGUGGUUACAUGUCUGCAGCUGGAAUCUUGCUGACUACUAGUAUCACUCUGUAAUACAGAGGUCUUAAACUGUAUUAUUUUGCUAGAAGUCAGUAAAUAUGUGCCUCAAUAUACACAGCAUGUCUAACUAUGAAGAAUCAGAUUUAUGAAUGAAUGGAUACAUGAAAAACAUUUUCUUUUUGGAAUAUGACAAUACAGGCAGAAUUAAAGUAAGAAGGACUUGGUUUCCUUAUGGCGAUUUUAUUCAAUAUGAACAAGUUGUGCUGUCUCAAGUCUUGUUGGCUCAUUUGGUUUAAAGUACUAUCUGGCACUACAAAUGCUACGGUUUCCCCUCCCAGUGUUACCUUCCUAACCAUAUUUCCCCAUCCUUUAUAUGUUAAUGGCAGUUGUACAGGUAAAUCUCUUCUAUUGCAGUCAUCUAUGCACCCAUAAAUCUGUGAUUAUAACCGGAUGACUUGUGAAGUUGAUAUCACAGAGUAAAAAUUUACAUCAGUUAGUCUUGUCUUGUGUAAUAAAGUGAAAUAACUUGGAGCUCCUACAUGCAGUAGUAGCAGUGGACAGGCCUGAGAAAAUGGUAAAUUGCAAAUUAAUGUGAACAAAUUAUAAUUAGUACACUUCUUACUGCCAUUUUGUUUAGUUUCUUCUUAAUUUUCUGUUUUUAAACAGUGUCUUAUGGAUUGUUCAAAGCCUAAUUUAAAAUCCUGCAUCUGUAAAAUAUACAUAACUCUAGUAGCUCAAAAUGUGAGAGAUUCAGCGUUUCAGUACUUUUUGAAAAUCAAUAUACCAGAUAAAAAGUGUUGGUUAUAUUCUUGUAACUCAUCUACUGGAGACAAAAGUAUGUAAAGGAAGCACGGCCAAUUGUAAAAAAGACUGUUUUUAAUGCUAAAUUAAGUCUUCCAACAUUUUUCCUCCCCUAUUCUCUCUCCUUUCACACAGGCUUCACUUACUGUAGCUGCUGUCUAUUCAAAGAUGAAGCUUGGUCUAUGCAGAUCAGAUGUCUGUGUAGUCUUGGCAAUGUGCAUUACUUUUCAUUUUGUGAGGUACUUGGACAUGUUUCCAGUACAAAACAAGCAGUUUUAACUUUGUCACCACUUGUAUUUAAAAGAAACUGCUAGUUUUCUCUGGUUUUCAGUAAAAUUCAAAGCUGUAGAAUGAGGAUUUGACUGUUAUCGCUUUACAACUAGGAUAUACCAUUCAGUCACUCUUACAGAAGUUUGGGUGUAAUGUCAUUACAGGGAACUUCUUAAAAGAAGUAACAUAUACAGGUUUACAGCUUGGAAGGCCAGAAGGAACAUCAGGUCUCUUCAUGGCUUUGUCAGUACUGUGCAUGUUGCUUAUUUUGACAGGAUACAUAUAAAGAUGUCCCCUUUUCCUUACAGCAGUGAACAGAGACCAAGUUAAACAGUUCUUCCAUAAUAAUGCUAAUUAACUGAAACCAACUUAACCAAAAGAGCAAGGAUGCAUAAAUACUGAAAUCCAGAAAACAUAAACUGUUUCUCAGUCUUUGAAAUUAGUAUCUAUCAAGGUUGUAAUUCAACUUUCUGCUAAUUAAGCCAAACAGUGUUUGUCAUUUAGUGUGAAAUUAACUGUAAAACUCCAGUUGUAAUGUUAAGAGAUUAUAGAACUUAUAUUAUUAAUAAAAAGAAAAU